AUGGGCCUGGAUUAUGUGAUUUUUCAUGGCAUCUACACGGUCCCCUUGGCAGUGAUCCUCACCAUUCUCUACGGACCGUUUCUCAUCCGUCGGGAAAUCUAUGAAAUCGCCACUCUCAUCACUAUCGCCGUGGUCGCAACAAUACCAUGGGAUUCAUAUUUGAUCCGCAAUCAUAUCUGGUCAUACGCGUCUGACUCGGUAAUCGGAUAUACGUUGUACAGCAUUCCGCUGGAGGAAGUGUUCUUCUUCGCGAUUCAGACUUACUUGGCCAGCGUGCUUUACUGCAUUCUCACGAAGCCGCUUGUCUUGCCGAUUUAUCUCCGCUCAAGCUCGGAGUCGCAGUCGCGCCGAGUUAGACAGCUUGGUCAGGCGUUCCUGGUAGCUGCGUUCGCCGCUGGAGUUGCUCUCUGUCAUUUUGCGGGGGAGCUAACGUAUCUGGGUCUGAUCUUGAUUUGGGUGUCUCCUGUUCUUCUGCUUCAGUGGUCAAUAUCAUGCGCAUUUCUCAUAGCUCUACCGUGGAAGGUGACGAUAAUUCCAGUCUGCAUACCAACCUUGUAUCUCUGGUUCGCGGAUGCGAAUGCCGUUAGUACUGGUACCUGGACGAUUGAGAACGGAACGAAAGUGGGAUAUCAGCUAUGGAACGGACUUGAACUUGAAGAGGCAGUCUUUUUCCUCGUCACAAAUAUUAUGGUCGUCGGGGGACUAGUCUGUAUGGACUGUGUCUUUGCGAUUGAGGAAUAUCGAAUUCUCUGCUCGAAAGAGUCGUCAACAAAUUUCUCACUAAAACUAGCUUUGAAGAGCGUGAGCAUGUUUGUCGGGAGUGCACUCUUUCAGGGGAGUUUGAGGGUGGAUUUGAUAUUUUUGUAUCACUUCUGCCGAGUAAUGGACGAUCUCGUCGACGGCGACAUCGCCCCCGACUAUGAUGCCCGGUACUGGAUAACGCAAUGCUCCCAAGCCCUCGACGCCAAGUUCAACACUCCAACAGACCAACAAGUCACCCAGACAUCCGAUAAUCCCACAAUAUCCCCCAGACACCAAGUCCUCCAGUCAGCGCUCGACCAACUCCCCCUCUCCAAGCUCUCUCAAAAACCUCUCUACGACCUCCUUCGCGGCUUCGAAAUGGACUUGGACUUCAACGCCCACCACGGCAGCUUUCCCAUCCACACAGAAGCAGACCUCGAUAUGUAUGCGUACCGAGUAGCCAGCACGGUCGCCACGCUUGUUAUCAACCUCGUCUAUCACUACCACAGCAGCGAAAGCCACCGGCCUAGCAACGACGACCAAAGCCACCGAGAAAGGCUCACCCGCGCAGGCAUCGAAAUGGGCAAGGCCCUACAAUGCGUCAACAUAGCCCGGGACAUCGGACGCGAUGCAGCUAUCAACCGAGUCUAUAUCCCUACUUCUUGGCUUGCAGAAGUUGGAUUGACUCCUGAGGACGUGAUUCGACGGCCUGCAUCGAAGGAGAUGUAUGUUAUGCAGGAGAAGAUGCUCGACUAUGCGGACGUUUAUUAUUGGAACUCUCGCGCGGCAAUUGAGGAGCUUCCUGUUUGUGUUCGAGGGCCGGUGAGGGUUACAGUUGAGAGUUAUAUGGAGAUUGGCCGAGUGUUAAGAGCCACGAGGACGAUUAGGGCUGAUGGCGAGAAAUUUCGACUGUCGUUGUGGCGGCGACUGGCAGUUGCUUGGGCAGCGAUGGGGGAUAGGCCUCGGAAAAUAGGAUAG